AUGCAAGGUCUAGGACGGUCUCUGAGGGUUUCGGCGUCGACACGGAUAUCUCGAUCCUCCAUUCCCUGCACCUCAGGGGGCAGCGCAGUCACGCGGCACAAACGACGGAAAGUCUCAGUUCUGGCCCAGAAAACGGCUACGACAGAGCCAGCUGCUUGGACACGUCCAAAACAAGACCCUUUGGCCUUUCCUACCGAACCAUCACCGUCAUCUAAAACUCAACAACGACUCCGACCAGACCCAUUCCGGCUUGUCUCUCCAGAACUCAAUGUCCUACGCUCCAACCUUCUCGGACUGCUCGGGUCGGCCCAUCCAGGUUUAGCAGAAAUCGCGGAAUACUACUUUUUGCAUCCUUCAAAACAGCUGCGCUCGCUGUUGGUUCUGCUGUUUGCGCGAGCGACGAAUGGAUUGGGACGGGAUUGGCAGCUGCGCCAUUGGGAAGCGGGUACGGAGGCGCACGGUGGGAGGGCAGAAGAAUUAGAUCGGCCUUUACGUUCGUCAGAGACAUUGAGCGAUUGUAACCCCAACAUGCCCGACCAUACCGCGUCCUUCGCGAAGCCUUUCGAGUUGCGCAGGCCGUCUGCGGUCAAAGCGACGUCAAUACCGCCUUUCCCCCAUCCCCCACCUUUGCCGACACUUAUCACCCCGCCGAUGUUGCUGCCUACGCAGAUGCGCCUCGCGCAAAUUGUGGAGAUGAUCCACGUCGCGUUGCUGUUGCACCAAAACAUUUCGGACGCGUCCAAGAGUCCGUCAUCCGACUCUCAAAACCCAUUCGGUAACAAGCUCUCAAUCCUUGGUGGAGACUUUUUACUGGGACGAGCGAGUACGGUGUUGUCGCAUCUUGGAGGUGGAGAGGUGGUCGAGUUGAUUGCGAGUGUCAUCUCGAAUUUGGUGGAGGGAGAGUUUUUGGGGAUGGACAAGGUUCAGACGCCUGGGUUGGGUGUGAUGGAGGGCCCAAGGACGCGUGAAGAAGCUUGGGAUCUCUAUCUGCGCAAGACGUAUCUCAAGUCCGCGAGUUUGAUGGCCAAGGGCGCGCGUGCUUCGGUUGUGCUUGGAGGGUGUGGGGAGAAUGAGGUCUGGAAAGAGGUUGCCUAUGCCUAUGGAAGGAGUUUGGGCAUUGCGUAUCAGUUAAUCGAGGACACGUUAGAUUAUGACGCUUGUUCGCCUGGACUGCAACCUGGGUUGGCAACCGCGCCUGUGCUGUACGCUUUGGAGGAACAUCCAGAAUUGAAGCAUCUCAUCGCGCGCAACCUUACAGGAACAGGUGAUAUUGAAGCUGCUAUCCAAUGUGUCCAGCAAUCUUCGGGCGUAGAGCGCACUCGAUUGCUAGCCCAUGCGUACGCUGAAAAGGCUCGGGAAACAUUACAACGGCUACCUGAUAGUGAUACCAAGUUGGCGUUGGAGGGUCUUACGGAGACCGUGAUCACCAGGACGUGGUGAUUUGCGUGAAUUCGGUUCACGUCUUGAUUCCACUUGGGCUGGACAGACACUGGAAUUCUUGGUAUUGGCAGAGACUUUUUCAAAAGUGCUCUAGGCAGGGCCUAGCUGCUUGGACUGUGGUAUUCCCAGUGGUGGCCACCUCGAACUAGGUUUUCUUUAUCCCUAUUCUUACAUUACUUGCAUUUCCCCUUGCUUGCAUCUUCUUGAUAGACGACGUCAACUCAAUCGCUUGCAUCGCGUAGAUUAGAGCCUCUUUUUUGUAUUAAACUUCUUGGUGGAUGGGUUAGUAUGUAGUAAUUUCCUUCAGUUUAUUUGUCUUUCAGGAAUGAGAUCGUCGAAGCCA